AUGUCACGGGAGGACCAUGACAACCAGUUAGAAGUUAGAAAGAUAUUGCUUAUUGGCAGAACUGGAAGUGGUAAAUCUACACUCGCUAAUGUUUUAGUUAAUAUAGAGCAAUUUGCAGUGAGCAAUUCAAGCGGUAGCUUAACAAAAUCAGCACAAUCAGGAUUUUUCGAGGAGAAUGGAGUAAAAUAUCAAGUAAUUGACACGAUUGGACUUUGUGAUACAAUGAUGACAAAAGAAAAGGAAAUGAGUGAACUAGCAGAGACUUGCAGAAUGCUAGAAGGAGGUCUAUACCGAAUUCUUUUAGUAACUGGUGACAGAUUUACAGAAGAGGAAAAAGAUAUGUACUAUACAAUGAAAGAACUAUUUUUGACCAUAAAUUUACACACUAUACGACCAUUAUUCGAAGACUGUAAAAAAGAAGAAGAAAACUUGGCCAAAACAAAUCCCGAAUUUUCUAAAAUAAUUAAAGAAUGUAAAAAUAUUGUUUUUGUAGAUAGUCCGCCUUUGACAGGAUUGCCUAAAUCAAUUGAAGCGAAUAAAGAAUCUCUUGCUUUUAUGGAAAAAGGGAAGUUAGAAGAAGAUUUAAAAGAAGCAAAAAAAGCAAGUAUUUUAUCUGCUAAGGAAAUAAAAGAGAAUGAAAGAAGAAUAAAAGAACUUGAAGGCGAGAUAAAAAAGGCAAAUGGUAAAAGCAUUCGAUUUUCCAUUGGCCCCCCUGUUUCUUUAUGUUCAAUCCUGUAA